AGAACUCUGUGCGGACGCUGCGUUGUGGCCGCCGUCAUGGCGCUGGUGUCGGCGGACUCGCGCAUCGCCGAGCUGCUGGCCGAGCUGCAGCGGCUGCUGGGGCACACGCAGGAGGAGCGCUCCCGCAGCGAGCACAACCUGAUCAACAUCCAGAAAACGCACGAGAGGAUGCAGACCGAGAACAAGAUCUCGCCGUACUACCGCACCAAGCUGCGCGGGCUGUACACCACUGCCAAGGCGGACGCUGAGGCUGAGUGCAACAUCCUUCGCAAAGCGCUGGACAAGAUUGCCGAGAUCAAGUCCCUGCUGGAGGAGCGCCGCAUCGCCGCCAAGAUUGCAGGGAUCUACAGCGACGCAGAGCCGCCACGCAAGACGAUGCGCCGGGGCGUGCUGAUGACACUGCUGCAGCAGUCGGCCAUGACGCUGCCGCUCUGGAUCGGCAAGCCAGGCGACAAGCCGCCCCCGCUGUGCGGUGCCAUGCCAGCAGCCGGGGACUACGUGGCCAAGCCUGGGGACAAAGUGGCGGCACGCGUCAAGGCGGUGGAUGGCGACGAGCAGUGGAUCCUGGCUGAGGUGGUCAGCUACAGCCACGCUGCCAACAAGUAUGAGGUGGAUGACAUCGAUGAGGAGGGCAAAGAGAGGCACACGCUCAGCCGGCGCCGCGUGAUCCCUCUGCCGCAGUGGAAGGCAAACCCUGAGACUGACCCUGAAGCGCUGUUCCAGCGUGAGCAGCUGGUGCUGGCACUGUACCCGCAGACCACCUGCUUCUACCGCGCCCUCAUCCACGCACCGCCGCAGCGGCCACAGGAUGACUACUCAGUGUUGUUCGAGGACACGUCGUAUGCUGACGGUUACUCGCCGCCCCUGAACGUGGCGCAGCGCUAUGUUGUCGCCUGCAAGGAGACCAAGAAGAAGUGACCCUCACAGAUUGGGGACCUGGAAAUGUUCACUGGAAGAUUGCAACGUCCCUCUAGUUGACCCCGAAACACCACGGGGGACCACGAAGAGCUCAAAGCGACUGACCCUGUGGGCCCCAAAGUGACCUUAAUGACCUCAAAUCCAUCCGAACGGCCCCCAUCUGUCCCCAGGACCCCCAUUCCCUUCCAGGAUCCAAAAGAACGAUGCUGGAAGCGGUUCCACCUGUUGCUUUAUUGUGAAUAAAUUAAGUUAGAAAGCC